AUGGUGAAUAAAAUACAUCUUGAACUAAGUAGUCUCGCAACAUGGUGUACUGAAUCCUGUCUUAAGUUCAACAUUGAUAAAUGCGGCUGGAUUUGUAUCGGAAACAGUAACCUUGACCUGAAUCUUGAAAUAAAUGGGCGUAAACUAGCCAAGCUCAACUCAGUCGUAGAUCUCGGUAUCAGAUACUCUAGUAACUUAACGUUCUCUGAACAAACUGAUUAUGCCAGACGUAAAACACGAAGGCUCCUAGGAUGCAUAACUCGCAAUUUCUUUUGUUGUGAAACUAGGGUUUUAUUAUAUAAAGUAUGUGUCCGACCUAUUUUAGAAUACUGCCCGUUUAUUCUUAGCGGACUCAGACAAAAUGACAAGCUUAAGUUAGAAGGAGUGCAACGGCAAUUCACCUUAAGAAUUCUUGGUUUAGAAAGUGGUCUCCAAUACUAUGAACGUUGCGACAGACUAAGUUUAGAACCACUCUGGAAAAGACGUCUUAAGCUAAACCUGAUUUUUUACUACAAGCUAACUAAUCUGCUCGUGCACUCCUCCGAGCCAAUAAUUAAACCUACCGCUGUCAUCAGUUACAAUCUUAGAAAUCAUCACAACCUAGCUGCUAUAGAGCAUUGUCAGACUCACAUGCGGUAUAAUUUCUUCUUAAAUAAGUUUUCAGUCAUUUGGAAUAGACUACCAGCUGAUGUGCGCGAUGCAAACACACUCGCAGUGUUCAUCUCCUCAGUCACCAGACUGCUCAAAGAUGACAGUGCACUUCUGAGUCUGAAUCCUACAUCCACUUUUUCGUCCAACAUAGAUAUUUUAAGUUCAUUAAACGUGUAG